AUUAAUAAUCAUCUUAUUAUAAUGUGUAUGAGUACUGAUAGAUUAACACAUGCUGAUCUGGAGUAGGCGAAAUCUGAAAUGGAUCUUUGCAAGAAUGAUAUUCAAUCCAUCAUUGAUUAAUGCACAGAUUCUUCAAACAUUUGAUUUAAACAUCUUGUUCAUUCAACACAUUUGAUCAUUUCAACCUAUAAGUUGUAAAGUCACUUGGGAACUCUGAGGAGGGUGAACUUCACUCAGAGUGACGACACAGAAGUUUCGGCUGCAUGAGACCUUGACUGAGAAUGUCAGGUCUCAGGACUGGAGCAGAGUUCUCUUUUCUGAGCCAGACAGAUGGAGCAUUUGUGUCUGCAAAUGAAAGUUAAUUUCUGGUCAAUUUGUUGGUGAAAAUGUGACCACUGGUAUGUUACACGGACGUUUGCUGGCUGCAGUCCAACUGGUGCCACUUUGAAACCAUCAAACCCUUCUGCUGGGUGUUGGCCAGACCAGCCCAGGAGGACUGAAGGUGGUGAGGACAAACAGGGACAGAAGUGGACAUCUAGAUCAGGUGUGGAUGCUUCCAAGCCCUCCUCCAGGGACCUCUCAGCCCCCACAGCGGCAGCUUCUGAUCAGGCCCCCCCUUGACUGAUGGAGCUUCAUUCUCCAGGAUGUGAAUCUUUGGUUUUUAGCUGUUAGUUUCAGCUUUCUAUCUGAUGUGCUUUAGAUGAACAUGUUGUAGUUGUUGUUGUUGAGUUAUUGUGAGUCAUGCUUCAGGAGGUCUUUUGUUUGGUGUAAAGGUGAACGACAGUGUUGUCAGGCUUGGAGGGGUCCAACUCUUUCAGGAAAGACAGAAAACAAUCUUUUAUAAAGCGUCUCAAGAUAAAAAUCACAGGGUGCUUCACAAGAGCAAUUAAUUUUAAUUAUAGGAAAUAUAUUUUAAAAAUUAAAAAUAUGAUUAAAAUUAGAAAAAUAAAUUAUGAUAAAAAUGUAAGGAAAGGGAGAGAGAAAAUGAUAGAAACGAGGGAAAUCAGUGGGCAGAUCAUCUGCUGCUGUGGCCCCCAGACUCUGGAACUCUCUCCCCCUGAGCCUGAGAUCAGUGGACUCAGUGGUCUCCUUUAAAAAGCAGCUGGAAACUCACCUGUUCAAGCUGGCUUUUGUAUGACCUUCAUCACCACUCUCUCCUUCUUUCUACUCUUUCUACCAACCCAGCCAUUGCCGGGAUCCAUUGAUUUCCAUCUUUCUUAUUCAUUUUCUCUCUCCCUUUCUACACACUUUAAUGUCAAUUUCUUCGUUUUUUCUCUGUUUUAUAUUUUUUAAAAUUUUUUGUGUUUUGGUAUUGUGAAUUGCCUUUUUAUCUUAAAAGGCAUUAAAUAUUUUUUCUCUCGCCUUUUCAACCGAAACUGCGUCUGCGAUCCACAUCUUUAUCUCGUCCUUGUUGUUGCUCUUCAUGCUUUUCCAACAUUAGUCCAGCAGGUGGCGGUAGUGCACCUUUACGCAGCUCACCAACAGAGAGUGUAGACAGAACCGCCAACCAAAAGCUAUUAGCAGCAUUAGCUUAUUGUUUGUUAUCAGCGUUAGCUUGUUGCUGGUUAGCAGCGUUAGCUUGUUGUGUGGGUGUGUGAGGUGAACCUCUAAGGCUCUGCAGCAACAAUGUCUUCAGCUCAGUCUCUGAGAGAGUUCAUCAGAGAGCGGCUAACUGCUGCUGCUGCAGAAAUAUUCUCCGAGUUUGAACAAACCAUCGUCCGCUACGAGGAAGAGAUCGAUCGGCAGCGCAGACUGCUGGAGAUCAGCUGGAAACCACAGAUCAACUUACACAGAAUAGAACUCCCGCUGCAUGAUGUCAGCAAAGAUGAGGAGGUUCAGACUGACCAGCAGCUCUGGAACCAGGAGAGGACCUCCAGUUUGGACCAGGAACAACCAGAACCUUUACAGGAGGGACCAGAACCUCCACAGAUGAAAGUGGAGCAGGAUGAGUCAGAACCUUUGCAGGUUCUAGAACAAGAGGAGCUCUGCAUGAGUCAGGAUGAAGAGCAGCUUGUACUGAAGCAGGAGACGGUUACCUCCCUUGUGACUCCUGCUGAUGAGGACAGAGACCACCAUGGACCAGAACCAGACAGACACCAGCUCCUUUUGUCACUGCUUCCUGAGGCUGAGACCAGAGCUGCUGCUCUUCCAGGGUCCACAGAACUUCCACAGCAUAAUGUCUGGGAAAAGGAGGAGGUUCUGACUGACCAGCAGCUUUCUAACCUGGAGACCACCUCCAAUUUGGACCAAAAGGAACCAGAACCUCCACUGAUCAAAGAUGAACAGCAAGAACUUUGUUUCCAUCAGAAUGAAGGGCAGUUCAUUCUGAAGCAGGAAAAUGUUUCCUUCAUUGUUACUACUACUCAUGAAGAAAUAGAAAACUUUGAAGCAGAACAAAGCAGGAACCAAUCUUUGUGUCAGAGUUCUACUGAAGCUGAGAACCAAGAUCAGGAUGGAAGCAGGAAUGAAAACUCAGAACCAACCAGCAACAAAGAACUGACAUGGAAUAAAAGACGUCCACAAACCAAAGAUCACAGAGACAAUGUAGACAGUCAGAAACUAAAAAGACACAAGAGGGCUCAUAGUGAUAAGAGACGGUUUUCAUGUAAACUCUGUGGUAAAUCUUUCAUUUACAAGUCUUUAACUUGUCACAUGAGAACUCACACAGGUGAGAAACCGUAUCCUUGUAAAACUUGUGGUAAAUGUUUCUCUAGGAGUGAUAACUUGACUACUCAUAUGAGAACUCACACAGGUGAGAAACCGUAUCCAUGUAAAACUUGUGGUAAAUGUUUCUCAAUGGGUUCUCAUUUGACUAGUCACAUGAAAACUCACACAGGUGAGAAACCGUAUCCUUGUAAAACUUGUGGUAAAUGUUUCUCUAGGCGUUCUCAUUUGACUUGUCACAUGAAAAUUCACCACAGGUGAGAAGUCUUUUUUUUUCCCAGGUUUGAUCUGUAGAGUGAGGUUCAGACAAAUAUUCUCAUGUAAAAUUUCACUCUUGAUUCUUAAAAUGUGUUUGUUAAAUGUUUUCCUCACCAAAGUAACCUGACUCAAAACAUGAGAAUUCAUACAGUUAAAGAGCAAACU